GAACUUUCGGAUAACGACACUGGUGUCUGGUUUUUUUUCAGAUAAUAAGAGAGGGUUUUAGGGUAUAUUCCGAUUUUCUCUCUUUCUCCUCCUCUCUCUAGAAAAAGUGAUGGCAGUUUUCUCAGUAGUCGUCCAAUCCUUCAUCAGUUCCUCUCGCUCUUCACGUGUUCACCACGACCUCGACCCAUCCCACUUCUGUUCUGGGUUUAUUGGAAGAAGAAACGAAACCACUACUCGGAGGCUCUUUGUUGCGUCUUCUUCGCAUUCCAACCUCAAACUUAUCAAGUCCAAUCGCAGGUCACCGUACGAUAGCGACGACGAAUACGGUGACGACGACGGCGGUUGGGAUGAUGAUGGUGACGACGAUGAAUUGUUUUCCGAGGAUGAGCUUGAAGAAAAGGAAUCAUUGGAUGCUUAUAGACGGAGAAUCAAGUCACAAGAUCCAACCAGCAAGAGUCAAGGCAUCAACAGAAAUAGAGCCAGUUUUAAUCAUACGUCAAACAAAUCUAAGGAAGUUGGCUCCUUUGGUGCAAAAGGAGGAGGAAAGCUGAAGGUUGAGAGCUCUACAAGGAACAGAUUUCACCACCUUGCAGAAGAACUGGAUUUAGACAAGAAAUCAUUUCCUCUUCUUGAUUACCUGAGCACUUUUGGACUUAAGGACUCGCACUUUAUCCAAAUGUACGAUAGGCACAUGCCUUCCCUUCAGAUUAAUGUGGGUUCUGCACAGGAAAGGUUGGAGUUCUUGUUUAGUGUUGGUGUCAAACAUAAAGACGUCAGAAAGAUACUUAUGAGGCAGCCACAAAUCUUAGAGUACACCAUGGAUAAUAAACUGAAACCUCAUGUUGCUUUUUUGGCGAGUUUGGGCAUUCCAGAUUCCAGAAUAGGGCAAAUAAUCACUGCUACUCCGUCUCUAUUUUCUUAUAGCCUGGAGAAUUCAUUAAAACCAACUGUGAGGUACUUGCUUGAAGAGGUUGGUAUUAAGAAGAGUGAUCUAAGUAAAGUUGUGCAGCUGAGCCCUCAAAUCCUGGUUCAGCGGAUUGAUAGUUCGUGGACCAGUCGUUGCAGUUUUCUUAGAAAGGAAUUGGGAGCACCCAGAGAUAGUAUAGUGAAGAUGGUCAGAAAACAUCCUCAACUACUUCACUACAGCAUUGAGGAUGGUUUGCUGCCUAGAAUUAAUUUUCUAAGGAGUAUUGGGAUGCGUAACCCUGAAAUCUUGAAAGUAUUGACUAGCCUCACACAGGUCACUUCCCUCUAUUCACUUGGUAUUCUCCCUGUCACUGGAAGAAAAUCUGAAGCCGAAGUACAUAUACUUGAUCAACGAGCUUCGGAACGAGGUGCAAAUAUUGGCAAAAUAUCCUAUGUACCUAAGCUUGUCUCUAAACCAGAGAAUUCGUCCCCGCCAUAGGUUUUUAGUUUCCCUAAAGAAAGCUCCAAGGGGGCCAUUUCCUCUGAGUUCAUUUGUUCCAUCUGAUGAAAGCUUUUGUCAGCAGUGGGCAGGCACUACCGUAGAUAAAUAUUUGGCUUUUCGUCAGGAUUUACUUCUCAAACAGAUUGCAAAGAAACACAGACGCAGGUGAUGGCACGUUCACAUCAGGUUUGUUAGGAGCUUGUCAAUUUGGGUAUUGGAAGAGCAGAAUGGUCUCUCCGACAACCUAAGCAACUAUGUUUUUAUCUUCUUGGAAUCAUAAGGAGUAUAUACGUCGGGGGUCUGGGAUCACUCUAGCACCCGGUACAUAAUGAUGUGAUGGUGAUUUCGAAUAUAAAGAACUAUGACCCGGUUGAGUAGAGGAUUCUUCAUUUAAAUUCAGGUGGCUAGAAAAAGCAAACGUCUCGAAGGUACUGAAGAUUAUACUUUUAAGGUUUGUUCUUACUCAAUGACUUGAAAGUAAACAAGACAACCCAUUUCUCUGAUGGAAACGAUUCAAAGAUGUAGCUGAAGGGCAAUAUCCUUGCUGAGAGACUGUUAGAUGCUCAACACACACCGUAAUAAAGAAAAGUUUGGUUUUGUCAAUAUAUUACCAAAUGUUAUGUCGGUCUACUGUCUCCCACGCCCCUGCCCCCAUUGACGGGGAUUUUAUGGGUACUAUUAUUGUUGUGUUGCAUCCCUGAUUUGAUGGCAGCCUUAUAGAUCUACACAAACGGAUAUUUAGAUAUAUUAUUGAAAAGCUUAUGUGAUAUUCUGAAGUACCCAAAAAAAAUAAAAGCUUUAGUAAUAUUUACUUAUGAGGGCAUGAUAUUAGAGGGUAAGUAUGUUGUUAAUAGACCAUCUCCUUCUGAUCUUCAAUGCGAGAUGGUGGUUAUGAGUCUUACAAUGUCUACCUAUCCAAUUGCAGGUUUUGUGUUUGACCUGCUGUCAGACUGUAUAGUUUUGAAGAAGCGAUGGUUGACUUUCUGGAAUCUUCUUUGGUUAAUGAGUACUUCCAUCUUAUUUCCCUUCCAUCCCUGAUACUUUUUAUAUUUCAUACCAUAUAUUAUGGUACAUAACUGAGGCCCUUUUUUGGCAGUUCCUUUGGUGCCUUAAAACUGGCACUGGAAAGAGAGUAUUUAGAACUUUUUGGAUUAGUUUUGCUUUGUUUCAGUUUGUACACACACAAUACAGAUUUUGAUUCAAGUUUUGCUGGUAUUAUAGUAUGUGAUACUUAGGUUUCUAGUCCGCCAAAUUUGUGCAAUCCCAAAAGUUGCAAUUUCAUCUUCUUUGAAAGCACUGUUUUGUUUCCAAA